AUGCGGAGGCCGUCUGAAAAGAAGGCCAAACCGCUCCAUGAACUUUUUCCUGCUGCUGACGAACCAACUAUAUAUUUACGAUACUUUUGUUCGCCGUCGAGAGGCGCUGCUGUGCCUUUUACUCAGUCACUUCUUCUAGCUGUGUUAUACCCAAGAACCCAAGUGGGCCUAUACAACAGUACACCGUUAGACAGACCGAGAAGCCUGAAUAUUUCUUGGCAGAACUGUUGUUUAUUGUUCGUUAAAGCAAAGAGAAAUUCAACCGACCAGCCAACCAACGCCGCUAUCGUCAAGUUUCGAAUCGGAAUAAAAAAACACUGGUUGCCUGUUAGAUAG